AUGGACAAAGAACAAGGGGAGAUUCAGUUUAUUGGAUUCUUUGGCAUCUUCAAAGAAUCCUUCGACAUCAUCUCCUCAUGGAGAAAAAUCUUUACCCAUAUCACACUAGCCAUUGUACUGCCUCUUUCUUUCAUCUUCUUAGCUCAUAUCAUAGUCUCUGAGCUUCUCUUUGCAAAGAUCAUCCACAAUGAAGAAACAUUGGACAAUACCCGACCAGGAACACCUAAAUAUGCCAAACUCUCCGACGUUAUCUCCUCUGAAUGGACCGGUUUUUGGCUUUUCAAGAUUGCGUACUUCAUCUUCUUCCUGAUCCUCUCACUCCUUUCGACUUCUGCAGUUGUGUACACCAUUGCCUGUAUCUACACCGCGAAAGAAAUAACAUUCGAGAAAGUCAUGAGCGUGGUUCCUAAAGUUUGGAAGAGACUUAUGGUCACUUUUAUAUGGAAUUUCAUCAUUGUUUUUGCCUACAAUAUUGCUGCACUGGCUGUGUUGAUUGCUUGGAAUGUCUUGAUAGUACCUAGUAUUAUCGGUAUCACGGUUUUGAUCAUUACUUUGAUCAUAUACCUGAUGGGUUUUGUCUAUAUAAGCAUAAUCUGGCAUUUGGCUAGUGUGAUUUCAGUGUUGGAAGAUGUGUAUGGCAUUCAAGCAAUGAUCAAGAGCAAGGGUUUGAUAAAGGGUAAGGUAGGUGUGGCCAUCGCGAUCUUCCUUCUAAUUAAUCUUUGCUUCAUUGCAAUUCAGCUGGCAUUUGAAUGGUAUGUUGUGCUUGGGAAUUCACUUGGGACUAGAAUAGGGUAUGGAAUUCUUUUCUGGUUGGUGCUAUCCAUGUUGAUUCUAUUUGGCCUCAUCAUUCAAACAGUGGUCUACUUUGUGUGCAAGUCUUAUCACCAUGAGAACAUAGACAAGUCCUCAUUAGCUGAUCAUCUUGAGGUUUUCCUUGGAGAUUAUGUUCCUUUGAAGUCCAAGGAUGUACAAUUAGAGCAAUUUGAUGUUUAA